AUGGCACUUCGAGACUCCUUUACAGUGGGAUGGAUAUGCGCCCUUCAAGAGGAAUAUGAGGCGGCUUGUAUAAUGGUAGAUGAGGAACUUGCUGGUCCUGAAUAUGCAGAGCCCAAUGACAGCAACACAUACUUCUUUGGUCGCAUCGGCGGGCAUCGUGUCGUGAUCGGAUGCCUCCCAGCAGGUCGCUACGGACUAACUCCUGCGACUCGCGUUGCGCAAGACAUGAUGCGCUCUUUUCCCCAAAUCCGCUUCGGGUUGAUGGUCGGCAUAGGAGGCGGCGCACCAACUCCGGCUCAGGAUAUUCGCCUCGGCGACGUGGUCGUCAGCGUACCCAACGGCAAGCUAGGCGGUGUCGUUCAGUUCGAUCUGGGGAAGCAAGUCGGUGGCCGCCUUGAGCGAACCGGCCAUCUAGACGCCCCUCCGACAGAACUACUUGGUGUUCUGCCGGAAAUGCGUCUUAGACAUGGCAACCCAGAUCAAUAUGGAGGCGUUGAUGAGCAUCUAAGGCGAUUCGAUGAUGAUUCCCGUUUCCAUCGACCAGAGCUGGAUCGUCUAUUCCGCACAGACAGCGCACAUCGCGGUGCAAAAAGGGAUUGCUCGGAAUGUGACCCAGAUGGCCUCGUUGAGCGAAAGCCUCGCACCUCAACGAGGGCCAUUGACGUCUUUUACGGUACAAUCGCAUCUUCAAACACAGUCAUGAAGAAUCCCCAGAUCAGGGACUCUUAUGCCAACGAUCCGGAGCUGAAUGUGCUGUGUUUUGAGAUGGAAGCCGCUGGCCUUAUGGACAACUUCCAGUAUCUUGCGAUCCGGGGUAUAUGUGAUUAUUGCGAUGUACACAAGAAUGACGAUUGGCACUUCUAUGCAGCCGCAACAGCUGCUGCGUAUGCCAGGGAGCUUUUAUAUGUAGUAAAACCAACCGUAGUAGCGCAAAUGCAAAGCUGGGAGAAUUGA